AUGCCAGUCUCCCAAAACAAUCCGCCUAAUUCGUCCUCGCCGCGUGCCAAACAGCCCUCCGCAAGAAUCCCUGGUGAGUCCUCUCGAUUCUGCACUUCCUCCCCAAACAUCCACGGGCUCGACUCGCCGGUAUCGCUUCAUCCCCUGCCGCAUUGGCCCCAUGGCGCCACCAUUACCCAGCUCGAACAUGAUGUCAAGCUGACCGGACCGCGAACCAAUGCGUAUUGCAUACAACCCACGCCUCGAUGA